UUCUUCUACAAGCUGUGAAUAAUUGUAGAGAAAAGGGUGCCAGCGAGAUGUUUUAUUCAACUUUCGUCGAUCAUGGAGUAGACUGAUGGAUCUACACUCUCGGAGCCGGCGAGUGAAUCGAUGAAAAAUGAGCAAUAAUGAAAAAGUCCGUUGAAGUAGCACAAAUUCUUCUAUUUUCCACAAAAUUUACAAAUAAUCAGACACUAUGAAAAGCAGAAAAUGGAGAUUACAGAAGAUUUAGUGCAUCAAUGAACUGAUUUUUUUUAAUAAAAUAGACGAAAGUAUCUGUAAACCUCGCACUCGUGAGCUGUAUAAACCUUGGCCAAAUGUUGUUUGUUGACAGUCACUCAUCCCAACCAGGUGUCGGCUGUCAGUGGCGAGGUUUGCGCGCUCAAUUUCGUUGUUUUCGUCGUCGGUUGGCAAAAGGUGGACAAACAAUUGGGGCGCAUUGUGCUGCUGCAAACGCAAAAGUUAAUUACGCCCGCAAGAAAACCACCCUCCCCCUAUUCACAUUCGUGUACAGCCAUGAAGUGCCAAAUUCCGGAAAUAUCGUGGCACAACCGUGAUCCCGUGCUGAGUGUUGACAUUCAGCCGAGGGGUGCGAACGAUCGGGAUCACCAAUAUCGGCUGGCAUCUGGUGGGACUGAUUCGCAUGUGUUGAUUUGGUACAUGAUUCAAACGCCGGAAUGUGGUACGAUCAACUUGGAGCUGGCCGCUGACCUUACGCGACACCAGCGUGCGGUAAAUGCGGUACGAUGGUCCCCUUCCGGCGAGCUGCUCGCGUCCGGCGAUGACGAAAGUGUGAUCUUCAUCUGGAAGCAGAAGGGAGAAACGGAAACGCUGAACAUUCUGGAAAACACCAACGAUCAGGACAAGGAGACGUGGCUGACGAUGAAGAUUCUGCGCGGCCACAUGGAGGACGUGUACGAUCUGUCGUGGUCGGCCAACUCACAGUUUCUCAUCAGCGGCUCGGUCGACAACUCGGCCAUCGUGUGGGAUGUGCAGCGCGGCAAGAGCCAGGCGAUCUUGCAAGAUCACAAGGGCUUUGUGCAGGGCGUUGCCUGGGAUCCACAGAACAAGUACCUGGCGACGCUCAGCACGGACCGGUACUUCCGGGUGUACGACGUGCAGACGAGGCGCGUUGUGUCGCGAUGUCACAAGUGUGUGCUUCCCGUGCCGAAAGACCACCCGUUGAGGGAUAAAACCAUUCGCCUGUAUCACGACGACACGCUGCAGACAUUCUUCCGGCGUUUAAGCUUCAGCCCGGAUGGAAACAUUAUCGUAACGCCGUCCGGGAUGGCUGAAAUUGAGGGCGUCUCGAAGCCGCUGAACACGACGUACAUCUUCACGCGCAACUCACUCAAACAGCCCAGCUUCACACUUCCAUCUCCCGACCAGUACACGGUGGCGGUACGCUUCUGUCCCGUGUACUUCCAGCAUCGUCCACACGCAGAGAGCAAACCCCCGCUGAUUCCCCUCCCAUACCGGAUGGUGUUUGCGGUGGCGACAAAGAGCUCCGUCUAUCUGUACGACACUCAGCAGGCGGCGCCGUUUGCACUGAUCUCCAACAUCCACUACACGCGACUCACGGACAUGUCGUGGUCAUCGGACGGAAGAAUACUGAUCGUGUCCAGUACGGAUGGUUUCUGUUCGAUGAUUUUCUUCACCGAAGGUGAGCUCGGAACGAUCUAUCAACCUCCAUCGCCGGAAGCAUCUGCAGCAGAUGAACCCAGCACCUCUUCCAAGGCAGAUGAAACCAAGAUGAUGGAUGAUGAUUCAAAAUCAACACCACCGCCAAAGGAGAAGCAAGACAAGCCGGCCCAACCGAUCGCAUUUAGAAGGAAGCCGAAACCGGAAGAAACUAGCACACCUUCCAAGGCAGAUGAAAUAAUAAUAGACGAUGACUCGAACUCAACACCACCACCGCAGAAGGGUGAUAAUGGAAAAAAGCCUUCUUCAGAAAAGCCUGCCCAGCCGAUUGCUAUUAGAAGAAAGCCGAAACUGGAAGAAUCCAAGACACCUCCCAAGGUAGAUGAAAUGAAGAUGGACGACGACUCUAACUCAACACCACCACCGCAGAAGGAUGAUAAUGGAAAGAAGCCUUCUUCAGAAAAGCCGCCCCAACCGAUUGCAAUUAGAAGAAAGCCGAAACCGGAAGAACCCAAGACACCUCCCAAGGAAGAUGCAAUGAAGAUGGAUGAUGACUCAGAAUCAACACCACCGCAAAAGGAUGACACUAGCAAGAAGCAAGAAAAACCAGCCCAACCGAUUGCGAUUAGAAGGAAGCCGAAACCGGCGGAACCGAAACCCACCACCAGUGAGGGCGCCGUGGUCGUCUCCCCGACCGUCGAAAAUAUCGUACAACCUGGGGUGGAGUUUGUCAUCGAGAAGGAAAAAAUCAUCAGCAGUGACGAGAAGUUCGAAAGUCCUUCGAAAAAGGAUCGACCCGUUACGCCGAUCGCGGUGCGACGACAUCCGAGAACUCCCUCCGACAGUGCGAACGAAUCAAAGGCAGGGUUGGCCUCGUCAUCAUCUUCGGUGGGCAAAAAUUCACCCAAACCGAUCGCUAUCCGUAGACAUCCGCGAACGCUUGAGGCCGGCGCGAGCAAACCAACCGUCGAACCGACGGCCGAGGAAGAUGCCAACGACACCUGGCCCAUCGAUCAACCGAAACCGGUUGGCGUGGCGGAGCAAAAGAAGGCAACACUGUCGCAACUGCCCUGCCCGAUGGAAACGGAUCAGACGGAGGACAUUGUGCUGCUGGUGGAAUCGGAUGGGGAGGAGGAAGCCGCCGCCGCCCAGGCGAAGGAGUCUGAUUCGGAAGCGCAGAAAACGCCUCGACGGGUCGAGUUUCGUACGAUAUCGACGCCGAAAUCGAAGAAGAAGCUUUUAUGAGUGUGUGACCAGGUCGGGGAAGAAGAAGGAUGAGCAUGAUGAUGGUGGUGUUGGUAAGCAAGCAAGCAAGCAAGCAAGCACGUACGCAUCCACCACAAACGCCAACUCUCUUUUUUAACAAUGGGUGGUCUGGUUUAGUAAUUUACGCAAAUACGCUAAUAUGAUUUAAUUAUUAUAACCUAGUACGAUCAACGGCGUUUUCGUAAAAAAUAAGUAUAGUUCUAGAAGAUCCGAAGCCUUUUAACGUAGGAGUUUAGUGUAGAUUUUCGUUGUGUAUUUGAAAUUUGGGUUUGCAAAACAACCGCGUGCGUGCUGGACAGUGGGACGUAGAGGGUUAAGCCUGAUUUUAACUGAAUAUAGUUUUUUUAUCUUUUUUAAAU